AUGCCUCGUGCUGAGAACGUUGAAGGCAAUGCUUCGCGAAACGAACCCAGAGUAGACGAUAAAUCCAACUUCGACGAAUAUGUUGGUUUGGACCUUUACAUUUCAUCCCUUCGUGAUUCCCGUCGACUUUCAAUUGUCAGCAGAAGUGAUGGUGAAGCUCUUGAGGAGAAGGAUGUUCCUUGGUGGGCACCUUGGCGACGCCUCCGUAAAAAGAAAAGAGAUAGCGAGGAGAGUAGCAAUGAAGAGAAUUCUUUCUCCAUUCCAGAUAAAUGGCUAGACACGGACAUGCACAGUGGCCUCAGUGAAAAUGAUAUUGAAUCUCGUCGGAAGAAGAUAGGAUGGAAUGAACUGACUGCAGAAAAAGAGAACCUGUUUCUCAAAUUUCUGAGUUACUUUCAGGGACCUAUUUUAUAUGUCAUGGAGAUGGCUGCAGUGCUCGCUGCAGGUCUCCGCGAUUGGAUAGAUUUCGGUGUCAUCAUUGGUAUUCUCAUGCUAAACGCUACUGUAGGUUGGUAUCAAGAGAAGCAGGCCGCGGACGUUGUGGCAAGUCUCAAGGGUGACAUUGCGAUGAAGGCCUUGGUAGUCCGUGGGGGGCAAGAGCAAGAGAUAAAAGCACGAGGGAUCGUUCCAGGUGAUAUUAUCAUUCUGGAGGAGGGCUGCACUGUCCCCGGAGAGGCUCGCCUGAUUUGCGAUUAUAAUGAUCCAGAGGGCUUCGAAAAAUAUAAGAGGCAACAAAAUUCUUUGGACGAUAAUAUACCAACAGAGAAAAGCGACGAAGACUCGACCCAUCGAAAGGAAGCAGCGUGGGGAUCCUCUAUCGUGGCAAUUGACCAAUCCGCGAUGACUGGAGAGUCCUUAGCGGUUGAUAAGUAUAUGGGUGAAGUAUGCUACUACACGACGGGUUGCAAACGAGGCAAAGCAUACGCAAUCGUGGUGACGAGCGCGAAAUAUUCCUUUGUCGGAAAAACCGCCACACUGGUUCAAGGGGCUCAGGACCAAGGACAUUUCAAAGCCAUCAUGAAUCAGAUCGGCACGACACUCCUUGUCCUGGUUGUCUUUUGGAUAUUGUGUGUGUGGAUUGGAGGGUUUUUCCACCACCUGAAGAUUGCGAUACCUGAAGACAGCUCUCAGAAUUUGCUGCAUUUUGCCCUAAUCCUCUUCAUCAUAGGAGUCCCUGUCGGCUUGCCUGUCGUCACAACAACAACCCUGGCAGUCGGAGCAGCCUAUUUGGCGAAGGAAAAGGCCAUAGUACAGAAGCUGACUGCCAUCGAAAGCUUGGCGGGCGUCGAUGUAUUGUGCUCCGACAAAACGGGUACUUUGACGGCCAAUCAGCUCAGUAUUCGUGAACCCUUCGUUACCGAAGGGGUUGACAUAAAUUGGAUGAUGGCAGUAGCAGCAUUAGCUUCGUCCCAUAACGUCAAAAGUCUUGACCCAAUCGACAAAGUGACAGUUUCCACGUUGCAGCGCUAUCCAAAAGCCAGAGAGAUUCUCCGGCAAGGUUGGAAGACCGAGAAAUAUUUUCCAUUCGACCCAGUCUCCAAACGUAUCACCACGGUGGCAACCUUAGACGGCAUCCGCUAUACUGCUGCGAAAGGUGCACCGAAAGCAAUCAUCAAACUCACCAACUCUUCAGAAGAGGUGACCAAAAUGUACCAAGAAAAGACCACUGAAUUCGCGCGGAGAGGGUUCCGCUCGCUUGGCGUCGCAAUUCAAAAAGAGGGAGAGGACUGGCAACUGCUGGGCAUGUAUCCUAUGUUUGAUCCUCCUCGAGAGGAUACGGCCCGCACAAUUACAGAUGCCCAGAAUUUGGGGCUGAGUGUGAAGAUGCUCACCGGCGACGCCAUCGCAAUCGCCAAAGAGACAUGCAAGAUGCUUGCUCUAGGUACCAGGGUUUACAAUUCUGAGAAAUUGAUUCAUGGAGGCCUCACUGGAUCAGCUCAACACGAUAUGGUUGAGAAGGCGGAUGGGUUCGCGGAAGUCUUCCCUGAGCAUAAAUACCAAGUGGUGGAGAUGCUCCAGCAACGCGGACAUCUUACAGCUAUGACCGGGGAUGGUGUCAACGAUGCUCCCUCUCUGAAAAAGGCCGAUUGCGGUAUAGCCGUGGAAGGAGCAACCGAGGCUGCUCAAUCAGCAGCCGACAUUGUGUUUCUGGCCCCCGGACUGAGUACCAUUAUCAAGUCCAUCAAGGUAGCCCGGGAGAUCUUCCAGCGCAUGAAGGCUUACAUACAAUAUCGAAUUGCCCUUUGCCUUCAUCUCGAAAUCUAUCUCAGCACUUCCAUGAUUAUCAUUAACGAAACCGUGCGGUCCGAACUCAUCGUUUUCCUGGCUCUCUUUGCCGAUUUGGCCACCAUUGCUGUUGCCUACGAUCACGCUCACGUGGAGCUUCGCCCAGUUGAAUGGCAGCUUCCCAAAAUUUGGUUUGUUAGUGUCCUUCUGGGUGUUUUGUUGGCCUUGGGGACCUGGGUGAUCCGUGGAACACUUUACCUACCCAACGGCGGAAUCAUCCAAAACUUUGGCUCUGGGGGGGGUAAAACGUGGCCAUCGUGGCAACUAGUCGGUGCAAUUUUUGGGGUUGACGUUAUCGCAACAUUGUUUUGUCUGUUUGGCUGGCUUUCCGGGCCUGGAGAAAUCAGCGAUCCCGCGGAUCAAGCUAAAUUAACAUCGAAUGGAUGGGUUGAUGUUGUGACUGUGGUCGUGAUCUGGGCUUACUCAAUCGGGGUUACCAUUGUUAUAGCUCUGGUCUAUUACGUCUUGAUGAACGUAUCCUGGUUGGACAAUCUAGGUCGCAAGUCCAGAAGCAAAGCAGACACCAAGAUUGAGAAUGUCUUGGGCCAUCUCUCAAAGCUUGCACUUGAACAUGAAACCGAACCCAAUGGCCAUGAUGUGUAUCGUCUCACGACGAGAACUGCCGUUGAGGAGGAAGAUGAAUGA